AUGGCACUAUUUUUGAGUGAUGCUGCCGAUCCAAAUAACGAGACCCAAAUCAAUAUCAUGAAGGAGGGUCGUGGAAAGACACCAAAGCAGGGCGAUUAUAUCACCCUACACUAUAAAAUGCGAGUACAAGGACAACAUCACGAUUUUGAUGAUACUUGGCUAAUUAAAAAGCCAUAUACAUUUAAACUUGAUCCAGGAGCUCGUAAAGUGAUAGACGGUUGGGAGAAAGCCUUUUUAUCUGGAAAACUCAAAGAAGGAACAACAGCCGAACUGGUUAUUCCCUAUCAAGAAGCUUAUUAUGAAAAAGGAGCUCCUCCAUAUGUACCUGCAAGAUCUGGUAUUGUUUGUAAAAUAGAAGUGUUGAGUGUGAAUGACCACAGAUGUGUCAUUCUCUAA